UAGUCAAAAACCAAUCAAAGCGAUUUAAAAAAAAAGUUGUGUAAACGAUCUUAUUAUUAUUGUUUUGCUACGAAUUAUUUGUUUUAUUACGUGAACUACACACAAUAUGUCUGCAAAAUAAGUGAAUUAAGAUCAAUAGAACUUCCAUUAACACGUGUAACGAGUCAAAACACAAUAAAAUUGUGAAAUUACGGUGAUGUAAACAGAUUUAUAAACAGUGUAUUUCAACAACAAAUAUUUUAAUCGGUUGAAAUGUUACCGAUUUUGAUGUACAAUAAUAUGGAAGGGAGUUCUAAUUCGUUGAAUAAUACGCCUAACACUAGUUUUAAUCAGUACGAUGAUAGUAUUAUUUUAAAUUGUGUUAGAAAUCGGAAGAAAGUUACGGAAUUACCGAGUUGUCCGGUUUGUAGUUGUACUAUUAGACAAGGGGAGUUGGACUCCCAUUUAAGUUUGGAGGUGGAGAGAUUGCAGAAAUUGUCUGGAAGUGGGUCUAAGAGGAAGCUUAGUGUGAAUUCUAGUGCUAAUCUAGCUGUGCCUGGAUCUAGUACUAGCCAGGAUGUCCUAGAAGAUGAAGUAGAUGUCUCAGGCUGUUUGGGCAGCGAUGUUUACCAACGGGUACACGCCAACCGCCUCAGGCGUCUUCGAGCCCGUCGCAGAAGCACCCCGCCCCCUCAAAACGGAGAAUGUCCAGUGUGCAAUACUACGCUACCUGUGUCCAGGCUACAGAGGCAUGCGUUAAGGUGCCUGAAGCGGACGGGAGCUGAGCUGGAUGAGGAUGUGCCGGAUACCAGCUCUGAGGAGGGUAGCAUUGAUGUUGAGAACGACGAGCCAUCUGGCGGUGGAUUCGGGGCGGAGUACCAGUGGUGUGGAGAGUGGAGGGUGAGGGCCACGGCGCUGCAGGACUCGGAGGCAAGGGACGCUACCUGCGUCCGGAGAGCUUCCAACGAUCAGGCUCUGGUCGUGGACGGCGAUGAAGAUACGGAGUUAUACGGUCCCCCUCAAUACUCGCCGUCGAGGAUAGCUCCUGAUGCAGAUCUAUCUACAGACGUAUCGAUAGACGCACAGACGGACGACCAAGCCGAAGCGGCAGAGAGUUCGGAGAGCGAUCGACCACUGGCGACACCUAGUAGCAAAUGUAAUGGACUAGUGGAGGCUAGCGCUGAAACUAGAAUCCAGGCUUUAAAAGCGAGAAUAAAAGACUUAGAACGAAAGGCGAAUGGCGGUGGAGAGAUGAAAUGUCUGAUCUGUUUGGAGCAGUACACGUCGCCUACUGUGUCCAUACAAUGCUGGCACGUUUACUGUGAAGUAUGCUGGCUCCAAUCUUUGCGAGCUAAGAAAAUUUGUCCGCAAUGCAAUGCAAUCACCACUGCUCAGCACCUUAGAAGAAUAUACAUGUAAAACACAUAUAUGUAUUAUUAUAAUAUUAAUAUACAAAAUACAUCAACAGCGGGUGACAGUCCACUGCUAGACUAUCGCCCGAAUACUCAAACGCUACUUAAUUUUAAGUUGUACUUAAAAUUAAAAUAUCGUGCUAUAAAUUAAAUAUCGUGCUGUCUCUGUCAUUUUACAAAGAAUUGAUAGUGACAGAACUACAUUUGAGAGUGUCUUAAAAUUGAGUAGCGUUUGAGUAUUCGGGCAUAUGAUAUAUUAUGUAGGCUGUUUAAGGGAACAGAGAGUAAAGUUCCCUAAGUAAAGCAGUAUCCUCCGACCAGGCGGUGAUCGUAUCUGGCGGCUUUCUGCCCAAUUGUAGUUCGUUGGGAUUGUCUAUCCAUGUUUAUUCGCAUUUAUACUUCAUAUGUGCGAUAUAGUUUAUGACGUCAUCCGUUGAUUUGGUCGUCGAUCGCCUAUGUCUGUCUCAUCUGUCACUUGUCAUGUGUCGUCAGAUCACAUGACAAGCGACACACACUACAUACAUUUUGCUACAUGUCUGAAUGAAAUGUAUGUAAAAUGCAUGCAGUUAUGCUAUCAAUAACUUUAUCAGACAUUAAUUAUUAUGUUAUCGGCUUACUCACGUGACUGUUUGACGAGGAACUCGACUAGUUUAGACAGUAGUAGCGAUAGUCGCCUCGUCGUGUGUCGCGGAAUAUUACUCAUGAAUAUGAGCCUCUAUCAUGGCUUGAAACUAGUCGAGCCCCUCGUCAAACAGUUACGUGAGUAAGCCGAUAACAUAAUAAUUAAUUUAGUAUGUCUCACGAAAGUUAUAAUAACUUUUAUUGACUAGAAAAAUAAAUUAAAGUCUGAUUGUAAUAUUUUGUUUGUAUAUUAUGUUUUGGGCUUUAAAUCUUAAAAGACAUAACAAUUAUAGAUAACAAAAUGUUAUCUAAUUAUAUUAGUUCCUUCUUUUAUGCCUAAUUACCCCAUGAUAUGUCUAUAAGACCCCCUAGUGUAUGUGUAUAGGGGGUCUAAACAGUUUCUGUUUGAAAAAUUCUCCUCUCGUUUUGUAUAUUAGGAAUUUUAUUUUAAUAUCCGUCUGGUAGAUUAUUUUAAAACAUUAGACACGCAUUUUUUUUUCUUAUAAUAUCAAGAAUUUAAGACGAUAUUAUAUUGAUUUCAAAUGUUAUACAUAUACUUCAUACAGAACGGCUCCUACUUCUAAACUUUGAUUUGUUUUAUCUAAGUAUUGUUAUCUUAUAUGACAAAAUAAACAAAUACGUGUCUAAUAUUUUUCCAUUACCUAACUGACGGACUAAAUAGAUUUUUAAUAUUCAUACCCCGUCAUCAUCCCUAUUUUAUUAGAAAGUUAUCGUCGAUUAAUUUCAACAUCACAAGUCGUGGAUUAUUUGAAAUUAAUGACAUCACAUUAUCGAGAGUCUACUGCUGGACUAUGAGCCUCCUCUACAUAAGAGGGUUAGCGAUAAUCUCCGCAGGCAGGCGGGUUGGAGAUCGCAGUAUAUAAUACUUGUGUAAAAAUACCACUCAAAAAUUAAUACAGGUGAUAAUAACACAAAAUAAACUAUUUAUUUUUUUUUAUCUUCUAAAGAAAAGUAAAAGAAUACGCUCUUUUCUUGAAGGUUUGAAUGUCGUAUCGGUUCGGAAAUACCGGCGACGACAGCUCAUUCCACAGUUUUGCUGUGCGAGGCAGAAAGUUUCGCGAGAAGCGCACAGUUGUGGCCUGCCAAACAUCUAUAUGAUGGGGAUGGAAGUGCUGUUAUGUAGGUCGAUGGCGAAAAGACGCGGCAGGUAUCAGACCAAGCAAUUUUUGUAGUAUUUGACUAGUUAUGACAAUGACUGCACGGUUGGCUCGGUGGCUAGGCCACCGGCUGCCACGCAACGUGUAGCCGGUUUGAAUCCGCACGGAGCAACUCUUUCUGUAAUCCACAAAUUGUUGUUUCGGGUCUGGGUGUCAUGUGCAUGUGAACUUGUAUGUUUGUAAACGCACCCACGACACUGGAGAAAAUCCAAAUGUCACCAGCAUUAUCACAUGUAUUCAUUUUCUGGAGCGGUCUAUUUACACCGGGUAUUUAAUGUUAUGUAAAAAAUAUGCCUUCUAUGAAGAUGUACAAUAAUAGAUGUAAUGUAACAAUUAAUUAGUCCUAUAACCAAUUAUGUAAAUAAAAUUAUUUUUUUCUAUGA